UGGCAUUCUCCCCGGAAACCUGAUGGUGACGUAUAAAACGUGCGACCGAAAUUUUUUGAACUACCGAGGUGUCCGCUCGCCCCUGCCACCAUGGUGUUGUUGCCUCCCGUCUUGACAGAGGAAGAGGAAGCGCUGCAGAGGAAAUUUGCCAAGCUGAAAAAGAAGAAAAAGGCCUUGCUGGCUCUGAAGAAGCAGACGUCCAGCAAUCAGACAAGCCAGGCCGGCAUCAAGAGAUCAUUAUCAGACCAACCAGCAGUGGACACGGCCACGGCGACAGAACAAGCCAAGAUGCUGGUGAAGACCGGCGCCAUCAGUGCUAUUAAAUCUGGGACCAAAAACAGUGGGUUCAAGCGCUCUCGGACACUAGAGGGCAAACUCAAGGACCCCGAUAAGGGCCCAGCACCCACUUUCCAGCCUUUCCAGCGCAGCGUCUCUGUAGAUGAGGAGCAAGCAGAGAUCUCAAGGCGCAACCAAAGGAAGUCUCUCUAUGAGAGUUUUGUAAGUUCAAGUGAGCGUAUGCGAGACCCCGAGAGAGUGACAGAGGAACGAGAGAGUGACAGAGAAGUGCACCGCGCAGGAGACAAGGAGCCUCAUGAACGAGACCGCGGGAGAGAACGAGACCGCGAUCGGGAGAGAGACAGGGACAGAGACCGAAGUGAUAGAGAUCGAGAGAGGGAACGGGACCGAGAAGGUUUCCACAGGAGUUCCGAUUCCUUCCCAGAGCAUCGCGCACCCAGAAAAGGAAACACAGUGUACGUUCACGGCGUGGGCAUGAAGAAGCAGGUGCUCACAGAUGCCUUCUCCAAAUUUGGGAAGAUCAUAGACCUUGCGACCGAUGCUCCACGGAACUGCGCUUUUGUCACGUUUGAGAAGAUUGAGUCGGCAGACCAGGCAAUCCAGGAGCUUAAUAACACGAUGAUAGAAGACGUCUCGGUGAGGGUCAGCAUAGCCCGGAAACAGCCCAUGCUGGAUGUCGCCAUAGAGAAUUCCUUGUGGGGUCAGCUGGCCUACCACGACACCGCAAAUGGAUCCCACAAGGACAAGAGAGCUCAUGUCAUCUACUCAGAAGAUUAUUUCAGUGCAACGUCCUCCAGCUCAGGCAGCACUACCGGGUGACCGGUGCAAAAGAACACCCAUGUGGGGCGGGAUAAGAAAGAGGCGUGAUGUGUAAGAUUUGUUAAGUUAAAGGGGUUCUCCUGCCAUAGUGUUUUAUAGUGUGCCGAUACAGGUGUCAUAAGGUUAGUCUGACUGGGUGACUGUGCAUAUGACUUGCAUCGCUGGGGAAGAUGGGAGUAAAGUCAAACACUUCUUGGACCUCUGCCAAUUAGUGAGGACCUGUGCUUUCCUCAGAGACUAUGGUGGGAAAAAACCCUUUAAAGGGUUUCUCCAGGAAUAAAAAAAAAAAUGAAAAUACUUAAAUAUUAUUUUAUAAUAAAUAUAUU